AAAUGAAAAAAUGUGAUGGUAAUUUAUAAAAAUAAUUUAGUGAAUUAAAAAAGGAGAUUGAAAAGAAGAAGACGCAACAAGAACAAGAAGGGCUUCCCCACACCAUCCUCUCCCGACAAACAAAAAACGAGCCCAUUCCUGUUCCUUCACCACCGAACACAACACCACCUCUCUCUAUCCUACACCUUUUUUCUUAACCUACACCCCCUCUUUUUACCCAUAACACCCACAUCAUUUCUCAUCGAUCUUCACCACAAUCAUUUUAGGGUUAGGGUUUCUGAGAGAUGUGGGAUGCUUCAGUCAUUGAUGAAUCUUCUCUCUCCAUGUUGGAAGCCGUUCGGGCACGGUGGUGACGAUUCUUCAUCCGCCGUUGUUGGAAGAGAAGGGAAAGACGGAUUGCUUUGGUUUCGUGAUAUCGGAAAAUAUGGCUCCGGUGAAUUCUCUAUGGCUGUUGUUCAAGCGAAUCAGAUUCUUGAAGAUCAGUGUCAGAUCGAAUCUGGACCGCUUGGAACGUUUGUAGGUGUUUAUGAUGGUCAUGGUGGACCUGAUGCUGCUCGUUACGUUUGUGAUCAUUUGUUUCGUAAUUUUCAAGCGGCAUCAAGUGAGUCACGGGGUGUUGUGACUGAAGAGACAAUUCGAUCGGCAUUUCGUUUAACAGAAGAGGGGUUUACUGCUAUGGUUACUGAACUGUGGAAUACUCGGCCUCAAGUUGCAACUACUGGAACAUGUUGUUUGGUUGGAGCAAUUUUUCAGCAGACCCUUUUUAUUGCGAAUCUAGGAGAUUCCCGUGUUGUGUUGGGAAAGAAAGUUGGGAAUACUGGUGGGGUUGCAGCUAUUCAGCUGUCUACGGAACAUAAUGCGAAUCUUGAGGCUAUUAGACAUGAACUUAAAGAAUUACACCCUCAUGAUCCACAAAUUGUUGUCCUCAAGCAUGGAGUGUGGAGAGUAAAAGGCAUUAUUCAGGUUUCUAAAUCUAUAGGGGACGUAUAUAUGAAACAUGCACAGUUUAACCGGGAACCAAUUAAUGCGAAGUUCAGACUUCCUGAACCAAUGCACAUGCCUAUCUUGUCUGCUAAUCCAUCUAUUCUUUGUCAUCCUCUCCAACCAAAUGAUUCAUUCCUUAUAUUUGCAUCAGAUGGUUUAUGGGAGCACCUGAAUAAUGACCAAGCAGUCGAGAUUGUCCACAGAAAUCCACGUGCUGGUAGUGCCAAGAGACUUAUCAAGGCGGCCCUGCAGGAAGCAGCCAGAAAACGUGAAAUGCGAUAUUCAGACCUUCGUUCAAUUGACAAGAAAGUUCGACGGCAUUUUCAUGACGAUAUAACUGUUAUUGUUUUAUUCUUAAAUCAUGACCUUAUAACUAGAGGUACAGUUCAAAACCCGCCACUGUCAAUUCGAAGUGCUCUCAAUCACUGACUUUUAUGAUUGUAAGCAUGAUUUGUCUUUUCCGGGUAUUCUGGCAACAGUAUCAAUACUUAGGAAGAUACACACACCAGAUCACUGGUACGUUGCCAGAAUGCACAUACAGCAAACCCUUGCUAACAGUGGUGCCGGCAAGUAUGUUACUGAUAUUGAGAUAUAACUGGGUCGAGUUAUUGGUUAAACUCUUGAUUUAUAACACGUUAGAAAUUUUAUGUGCAUGAAAA